UUGUAUAGAUUCCUUCCGUGUCUGUGAACCUUUUAUGUCGCCAUGGACCCGCGCCGUAAUUCCCGACUGAACGAUCCGAAGGUACGCCAGGUAGGGUUCUUCGCCCAUGGCGGGUUGCCACUGCCACAUCAAUUGCCCUACAGGACGCAGUCUGAUCCACCGGUUCCUUUGUCAUCGGCACCGCCGCCUGUUUCCGACGUUUCCCCGUCGGGAAAUUCUAUUUCCCCUGUUAUGAUACCUCCACCUGACCACGCUUCUGAUAACCUUUCAGCCGCUUUAGAGACCUCCAAUCAGCAAACCAAGUCCUUGCGAAACACCGUCGCCCUUCCCAUGCCGGAGACCUCUGCUCUUAGGCGACAUUCAGACGAUAGUAAUGCCGCUUCCGGUAGCAACUCCCUGUCUGGUUCUCCAUUUGGAGCUUCUCCGUCAUCCUGGUCGAGCAGGAUGGACGAUGGGGAGUUCUCCCAGGAUUCAGCGAAUUGGAUUAUUAAACGAAGCAAAUCGGGUAAAUUGGCGUCAUCUUUGCCAACCAGCGGAUUUGAAUCGUCUGCAGCUCCCGGAAUUGACAAGUUUCAAGAAGCACCUGUGUCUAAGGAAAAAGGCCAUGUUGAACAGAGUAUAGGAACCAAUUUAGUGUCAUCAAAUGAGUUUCCUUCAAGCUCAGAACCAGUUAAAAAGAAGACAACAAAAGCUGAAAGGCGUGCCCUUCAGGAGUCCCAACGAGCAGCAAAAGCUACAGCAAAAGAUUCAAAAAGGACUCCUCCCAUUCCUAGAGAAACUUCUGAACAAGUAGGUAAAACUGCAAAGCCACUGCACUCAUCUCAGAAACAAGAUUGUCCUCCUGUGACAUCAGGGAUAACUGAGAAGAAAACAAAUGAAAAAACAACUGAGAAAGACAAGAAGAAAGAUGUACCUCCUCCACGUAUGCAAUUCGAUGAUCAAAACCGUGUGGAGAAAGCAAAAAAGAAUGCAGUAGUGAAGAAAACUGAAUCUAAAAACAGAGUGGAACUAUUUCGACAUUUACCUCAAUAUGAACACGGCACUCAGUUUCAUGAUCUGGUAGUAAAGUUUUUCCAAUUCGAUCCAGUGCAUCCUUCUGUUUACGAGGUUGGAUUAAAGUAUUUGGCUGGUGAUAUAGUUGGGAGUAAUGCUCGAUGUGUUGCAAUGCUCAAUUCCUUCAGCGAAGCCAUCAGAGACUACUCCACGCCACCAGAAAAAAUUCUUGUUAGAGAUUUGACAGCAAAGAUCAAUAGUUACAUUUCAUUCUUCAUUGAAUGCAGACCACUCUCAAUUAGCAUGGGGAAUGCCAUUAGGUUCCUAAAAGGUCGAAUAGCUAAAUUACCAUUCAAUUUAUCCGAAUCAGAAGCAAAAAACAUUCUCUGUUCAGAUAUAAAACGGUUUAUGAAUGAAAAGAUAGUUCUAGCAGACAAGGUGAUAGUCGAAUAUGCUGUGACAAAGAUAAGGGAUGGGGAUGUUAUUCUUACUUACGGUUCAUCAACAGUAGUUGAAAUGAUUCUUCUAUACGCACACGAGCUAGGGAGAAAUUUCCGAGUUGUGGUUGUGGAUUCAAGGCCGAGACAUGGUGGCCGAGAAUUGAUGCAUAGGCUGGUGUUGAAGGGUCUAUUAUGUACUUACACAUGUAUAAAUGCUGUUUCACAUAUCAUGCAUGAAAUCACCAAAGUAUUCUUGGGGGCAGCCUCGGUUUUGUCCAAUGGAACUAUUUACUCUGGAGUUGGGACUGCUUGUGUUGCUAUGGUGGCACAUGCAUUUGAUGUUCGGGUUUUAGUUUGCUGUGAGGCAUAUAAGUUUGUUGAAAGGGUACAACUUGACUCUAUUUGUUAUAACGAGCUUGGAGAUCCGGAUGUUAUUUCUAAGGUUCCUGGAAGAAGGGAUGUAAAUUUUCUGGAUGGUUGGGCCAAUAAGCAGAAUUUGCAACUUCUGAAUUUACUAUAUGAUGCAACUCCUUCGGAUUAUAUCUCUAUGAUCAUCACAGAAUACGGCAUGGUUCCACCUACCAGUGUGCCUGUUAUUGUGCGGGAAUAUGGAAGGGAGCAUUUGCUGAUAUGACAUAGUUUAAACUAUUUUAACUUACAAAGAAAAAUAUUAAUUUUGGAUGAUAAUUACACAUGCAUAACUAGCCAAAUUUUUUUUACAGUGCAUAUGUUUUUCUUCAACUUUAAAUCAGGUGGUGAUUGGGCUCGCAUAAAACACUAGGAGCUUGUGUGAUCUUGGCUUAUUUGGGAAAUUUUUGGAUUAUUUGAACAUAUUUGUUUAUUGUAAAAAUAUAGUUUAUUUGGAUGAUUUGAAUAAGAUGUUCAAAAUACUGUUUGUAUUUAAUAUUUAAAAUAUAUAUUAUAUAUGAUUUGAGUGAAUAUUUAAAGA